GGUGCCGUGGGGCCGUCCCAGAGUGCCACGGUCCAUUCCCAGGGUGCCGUGGGAACCCGCAUCAUCGGCGGCAGAAUCGCAGGGAGGCGUGUUAAGGACCUGCCCGAACCGGUUAUCACCACCUUUGUCCCCUUACAGGGGAGUUUUGUUCCUGAAGAUAUGAGGGAGGUCAAAUGUGUGUUUUGGGACUUUGAUGCCGACGCGUGGUCAACUGAAGGGUGUGAGAGCAAGGGCAAAAAAAUGGGACGGUACACGUGCGCCUGUAACCACCUCACCAACUUCGCCAUCAUCUUUGAUGUGUCCGGUGAGGGUUUUGGAGACCAUGAGAAACCGCUAGAGAUCAUCACUAUUGUGGGCUGUGUCGUCUCCUUCGUUUGUCUGGUCUUGACUCUAUUCUCUUUUAUCGUCACAAGAAGAGACAAACGCCGAACCAGAACAGGUCAUGCUAAGAACCAGCGACACGCUUUCAUCAACCUCUGUGUGGCUCUGUUGGCCACUCUCGUCAUCUUCCUCGCUGGCAUCAACCGCACGGCUUCUCCCAUUGGUUGUAAGGCUGUGGCAGCAUUGUUACACUACUUCCUAUUGGCUGCUUUGAUGUGGAUGGCAGUGGAAGCCGUUAACUUGUACCGAGCCGUUGUGCAAGUGUUUGACCAUGUCUCUGAGAACUUCGUCGUCAAGGCUGGAGCUGUAGCGUGGGGCUUUCCUCUUGUUGCUACGCUGUCAACUGCUGGGCCCUCAAGUCUCUACAAUUAUACAAUGGAGAAAUCUUGCUGGCUGGCACGUGAACCUCUGAUCUACGCCUUCUUAAUCCCAGCGGGUCUUAUCCUACUGUUCAACCUGCUGGUCUUCAUCUUGGUCAUGUACAAACUGGUCAGAGAAGAAAAGAAACAGAAAGAGUUAAGAGGUGCUGAUGCUAUCGAGGUAGAUCGUCAGUGGAUCAUCCUGCAGAUUCGUCGAGCCGGCAGCAUCAUGGCUCUGUUUGGUCUCACAUGGGUGUUCGGCUUCUUCGUCAUCGAUGACGCGCGCACGGUUUUCGCCUACCUGUUCUGCAUCUUCAACACCCUCCAGGGCCUCUUCAUCUUCAUCUUCCACUGUGUGAUGAGAGAAGACAUGACGAAGUGGCGGAAGAAACUGACGUGCUGGAAGAAGUUCAUCUGCACAGGAAAGAAGAAGCAGGGUCAGUAUCAGGUGAAUGGGAGCAAGUCUUUUUCUUCGGCUUCACAAACGUCACAGACAAUACUUAUUGGGCUAAGCACUUUGUCACUUGAUACCAAACCUAAUCCAAAGUCGCUGUAGUAACAAGCAAUGUUGAAGUGUUCGUUAUCGUUUGGUAGUACUGGUGUCGUUCGUCCGUCAGGUUGACGAGGACCGCUU